AUGAAAAAUAAAAUCAUUUCAGCAAGUUACAAUGUUACUAAACAGCUCAUCACAAGCCACAUUACACGUAUAUAUUCAACCACUAUGACUGCCUGGAACCCCAAGGAACAUGUACAUCAGGAGAUUAAGGAUCUCAUUGAUAGGAAAUCACCUAAUUAUACCUUAGCAUUAUUCGAUAUCAUUCACAAGUUGAAAUUACAAAGACGUACAGGAUGGAUCAACAACGGGAUCGAGAAUCCUGAAUCUAUAUCCGAUCAUAUGUAUAGAAUGAGUAUAAUGUCUUGGAUUCUAAGAAGUAAUGAAAUUAGUCCUGCACGUUGUAUGAAAAUUUCUCUGGCUCACGAUAUGGCAGAGUCCAUAGUAGGUGAUAUAACUCCAUUCGAUGUAAAGAUUGAUAAGAACGAAAAACAUUUAAGAGAAUUAUCGACAAUAGAGUAUCUGUGCAAUGAACUUAUUAAACCAUAUAAUCCAAUUGCAGCCCAGGAUAUAUUGGCAGCAUGGCAUGAGUAUGAAGAUCAAACCACUAUUGAGGCUAAAUAUGUAAAGGAUCUAGAUAAAUUUGAAAUGUUGGUACAAUGUUUCGAAUACGAAAAAAUAUACAAGGGAAAGAAAGAUUUAUCUCAAUUUUACGGUUGUCUUAAUGAGAUUACCACCGAUGAAGUUUCUCAAUGGGCUAAAGAUUUAAUGCAAGAGAGAAAACAAUAUUUUGAGAGUUUAAAAAUUUGA